AUGCGCGAGUUCAGACGAUCCAGAUUGAUGGCUACAACACGGUGGCUACUGGUCGCCGCCGCAGCAUCGUCGUUGGCAGCGGCUGCCUCCGGGUCGUCGGAAAACCAGGGCCCGAUCGGCCUGGCGAACUGCCCCACGAGCUGCGGGGAUGUGCGCGUGCCGUUCCCGUUCGGCAUCGGCCGCGAGGAGUGCCACCUCAAGGGGUUCGGCCUCACCUGCAACACCAGCUCCUCGCCCCCGCGGCUGCUCCUCGGCGACGGCACCCUCGAGGUCGUGGCCAUCUCCCUCGCCAACGCCACCAUGCGCGUCCGCGGCCCGCAAGGGGACACGGACAUGUCGGGGUCCGUGUGGACAGGGGGCCGGCGGGGGGACAGCUAUGGCAGCAACGGCACCUGGGGGGGGCCCGGGUGGGGUCUCCGGGACGACGCUCCCUACAUCCUGUCGGACCAGCACAACGAGCUCGUCCUCAGCGGGUGCCACCUCUACGUGGAGCUGCUUGUCGCCGGCGGGGACGACGAACAGGUGAUCAACAGCUGCGUCUCGACCUGCACCACCAGUUACCUGGUGGUCCCGGGCGACGAGUGCUACGUGCCGGAGAUGAGCGGCAGCCCGCGCUGCCGCAGGUGCACCGGCAUCGUCUGCUGCCAGGUGCCCAUCCCCAUCGGCCAGAUCGCGUACGACUGGCGGCUGAGAACCAUCCACCAGCCUGCAGACAAGACGUACGAGCUCUACUCCGUCUUCGUCGCUGAGGAAGGCUGCCGCGACGGGGACGCGACGUGCCCCAGGGACCUGGGCAGCACCACAUGCCACAGCCGCCACAGCACAUGCACCAACCACUACAGCCUGCGCCGCCCCUUCGGUAUAUACUACGACAGUUACACCUGCCGAUGCUGGGACGGCUACCAAGGAAACCCUUACCUUCCCGACGGAUGCCAAGAUAUUGAUGAGUGUGCUGCGCUUCCAAAUAUGUGCUAUGGCCAUUGCACGAAUAUACCCGGAAGCUAUGUAUGUGAAUGUCCGCAAGGAAGCAGCGGCAAUGCAAGCAUUCCAAAUGGCUGCAUUUAUCCGCAAGCAUCGCAUCGUCCAUCUCAUCCAGGUCUAAGCAUUGGCCUAGGAGUUGGAAGUUUUGCGCUGCUCCUCCUCCUAUUCCUUGGAACCACAGUUCUAACGCGUAAGCUCACAGCACGAAAGAAAAAAAGGCAGAGAGAAAGAUUCUUCAGACAAAAUCGUGGGCAACUGCUACAACAAUUGGUGGCUCACAGGAUGGACAUAGCUGAAAGAAUGAUUAUUACUUUGGAAGAGCUAGAAAAAGCCACUAACAACUUUGACAAAUCUCGUGAGCUUGGGAGUGGAGGGCAUGGCACAGUCUACAAGGGCAUUUUAACAAGUCAACACAUUGUGGCAAUUAAAAAGUCAAAGAUAGUGAUACAAAGAGAGAUUGACCAUUUCAUAAAUGAGGUUGCUAUCCUUUCUCAGAUAAACCAUAGGAAUAUUGUGAAGCUUUUCGGAUGUUGUCUUGAAACAGAAGUUCCUCUACUUGUUUAUGAGUUUAUUUCCAAUGGUACACUUUCCAAUCAUCUUCAUAUUGAAGAACCAACGUCAAUAUCGUGGAAAGAUAGAUUGAGGAUCGCAGUUGAAAUCGCCAAGGCUAUCGCAUAUCUUCACUCACUCGUUUCAAUGCUAAUAAUCCAUAGAGAUAUCAAGUCUCCUAAUAUACUUUUAGAUGAGAAUUUAAAUGUGAAAUUGUCAGAUUUUGGAGCUUCAAGGUAUGUUCCAAUUGAUCAAACAGGAGUGGAUACUACUGUCCAAGGAACAUAUGGGUACUUGGACCCUAUGUAUUAUAGCACUGGACACCUCACUGAGAAGAGUGAUGUCUAUAGCUUUGGUGUGGUUCUUAUAGAGUUGCUUACCCGAAAGAAGCCUGUGUCAUAUAGAUCAUCUCAAGGUUAUGGUCUUGUAAGUCAUUUUGUUACUCUACUCACAGAAGGCAACAUAGCUCAUAUAUUAGAUCCACAAGUCACACGAGAGGGAGAUGGAGAAGUUGUUGAUGUUGCUUUAUUAGCAGCAAUAUGCGUGAAGUUCACAAGUACAGACCGACCGACAAUGAGACAGGUCGAGAUGACUCUUGAAGGAAUCCAUGCAGCAAAGGAUUUUGAUUCCAGUGGAGAGACAGAUGAUGAUGAAGAUUCUAUUCGGGUGAAUAGUCCAUAUUUUGGAGUUACAGAUAUGGAAGCUACGAGCUUGGACAUUAUAUAG